GAGACAGCAGCUGCUAUUAAAGCUCCGAGGACCAAAGGGCCACCGUUCACAUCUAUCCGUCAAGAUCAGCAGCAGCAGCAGGCGGGGUGGGGGGAAGACAAAUUAAACUGGUCUCAAUUAUUCAGCGUCAAGCCCUACCUAUCACAAUGCAUUGCCUGAAAAGUCUGCGGACGGCCAACCCGGGAAUCCUGCAGCUGUUUAAAAAUGCAGUCAUUUACGCCAGACUUGGAGCUGACGUCCCCAGGAGUCAGCAACCUGUUCCUCUCAUCAGCUGGACGGCAGCACUGCACACCCACAGAGCCUUUCAUCCUCACCAGAAAGGCCCCGAUGAGGACCAAGGACACGCCAAAAGCCGCCUCAUGUCCAGCAUGGAGGACCUGCUUUUUUACACCAUCACCGAUGGGAAAGAGAUGAUCCCGCUCUCCCAGUUCAUCUCUGCUCUGAGAAGAACCGGUUUGUUAACAUCUGACCCUCGGCUGCGGGACUGUGUCCAUCAGAUGAGACAAUUCACACGGGAUUCCAUGGGACCGGUCAUGAUGGACAAAAAACUUUUCAGAAGGUGCGUUGGCAACAACAUCAUCUUGCUGACUAAGGCUUUCAGAAAAAACUUCAUCAUCCCUGACUUUGAGGAGUUUACCCUCCAGAUCAACAGGAUGUAUGAGAGCGCCCAUCAACAAGGAGGGGGACAUGUAGCCGAUUACAUUCCUCAGCUGGCUAAGUUCAGCCCGGAUCAUUGGGGCGUAUCCAUUUGCACCAUAGAUGGACAGAGAUAUUCAGUGGGUGACACCAAGAUUCCCUUCUGCCUGCAGUCGUGUGUGAAGCCGCUGGAGUACGCCAUCGCUGUGCACGAGCUCGGCAGUGAACACGUUCACCGCUUUGUGGGCAAGGAGCCCAGUGGCUUCAAAUUCAACAAACUGUCGCUAAACGAGGAAGAUAAACCACACAACCCCAUGGUGAACGCUGGAGCUAUCGUCAUUAGCUCUUUGCUGAAGCCUCUUUCAAAUAAAGCGGAGAGGUUUGACUACGUGAUGGACUUCUUGAAAAGCAUGGCUGGUACAGAAUAUGUGGGGUUCAGCAAUGCCACUUUCCAGUCAGAGAGGGAGACUGGUGAUAGAAAUUAUGCCAUCGGUUAUUACCUGAAGGAGAAAAAGUGCUUCCCUGACAAUGCAGAUAUGACUGGAGCACUAGACUUCUACUUUCAGUUGUGCUCCAUCGAGGUAACCUGUGAGUCCGGAAGUGUCAUGGCUGCCACACUGGCCAAUGGAGGCAUUUGUCCAAUCACGGGCGACCGUGUGUUAAGCGCUGAAGCCGUUCGCAACACUUUGAGUCUAAUGCAUUCCUGUGGGAUGUACGACUUUUCCGGGCAAUUUGCCUUCCAUGUUGGUCUGCCUGCAAAAUCUGGAGUUUCAGGUGCCGUUUUGCUGGUGGUUCCCAACGUUAUGGGCAUUCUGUGUUGGUCACCGCCACUGGAUCGGCUAGGAAACAGCGUCAGAGGAAUUCAGUUCUGUCAGGAACUUGUGUCUUACUUCAACUUCCACAAUUAUGACAACCUGAGGCACUUCACCAAGAAGCACGACCCCAGAAGACGAUCAGACGACGACCCGAACAAGUCAGUCGUUAACCUGAUGUUUGCAGCGUACAGCGGUGACGUCUCUGCUUUGAGACGGUUUGCCCUCUCCGCUGUUAACAUGGAGCAGAGGGAUUACGACUCCCGUACAGCUCUCCACAUCGCUGCUGCCGAAGGCCACGAAGACGCUGUAAUGUUCCUGACAGAAGUAUGUAAAGUGAAUCCCUACAUUAAAGACAGAUGGGGCAACACACCCCUCGAUGACGCCAUGCAGUUUGGCCAUGAUGUUGUUGUUUCAGUCCUGCAAAAGUACCAAGGCGGGUACGCAGACGGCGACUCGUCAAGGAGCACAGAGGAACAGGGCACCGUGCUGGACACGAUAAAAAGCAUCGUUUAAAAAGCCCCAGAAAGGUUUGGAUUGCAAACCUUUUGUUGCACAACUGAAAUGAAUCACACGACAGACGGUUACUGGGAAAACUGAUGAAUGAUUGACUUUAUUCUCUUUUUAAAGGCUAUUCUCUUUUAGGUUACCAGAAAAUUUCUUUGGGGCGAAUAAAGUCCCAAUCAAUAGGAUAAUUAUCCUCUUUGCUUUAUAAACCAAAUGAAGAGUCAGAAAUAUUAAAAUCUUCCCCAACCAGGGGCGAUAAAAUGUGCACUUUUAAAUGAGGGCGUGGAACCGUUUUGGAAAGGAAAAAAAAGGUGUGUGGGGGGGGGGGGGGGGGUGUUAUUGUAUCUGUGCAAAAGAAAAGGUCAAAAACUGAACAUACUACAGUACUAUAUCGAUAAACAAGUUGCUAUUAUUACUAA